UCUUCGCCCUUGUCCGUUUACCUGCCGCCCCGCGUAGUCCGAGUCUGUUAGACUUUUGCCUUUGCUCCCGCUCCACACCAAACGAAAUGGCUUUCAAUACGGCGCGCGGGACGGCGACGCCAGCGCCCGGGCCGCUGCGGCUGCUCCGUCUGCUCUCGCUCUUCCUCGCGUUCGCGUGGGGCGUCAUCAGCUUCGCGCUGGGCAUCCACGCCCUCAUCGAAUCCCGCCACGACAAGGACACGAUCAAGCAUGGCGUACCCGCGGGCACCGUCGUCAACAUCGACACAACCGACAUCCUCGGCGCGGGCGGCGCCGCCACCGCCGCCUCGGGCCUGCUCUUUGUCCUGUCCCUCCUCUUCCUCAUCUCGUCCUUCGUCCCGCUGCCGCUACUCGGCUCGCUCCCGCUCCAGGCGCAUCUACUUGCCUUCACGACGGUGUUCCUGUUCGCGACCGCCGUGCCUACCAGUUAUUAUUUCGCCAACGGGCACGCGAAGGUCACCGCGAGUCUCUUUGGGUACCCGCUCGACCAGAGCGUGAUUCAGGCGACGGAGAGGCAGUUGGGGGUGACGUCCAUUUAUAGGCAUAUUUUCUAUUUGCGUCUGAUUGCGAUCAUCCCCUGGAUCGCAUUCCUCUUCUCCUUGACAUCCACCAUUCUCUCCUACCUUGCGGCUCGACGUGCCCGAGCUGCCGCUGCGGGUGCCACCCCAAUCGCGGACGAGAAGAACCGACCUGUGAUGAACGAGGCUGGUGCGGUGUAAUCUGGCUUGCGGUGUCAUGAAGAGGGUGUUGUUUGUGAUGACAGAGAAUGUAGAUGACUUGUACAUGGUAUAAUGUCUUGAUGGUUGUGAUGGCGCUAUAUGUUUGACCACAUGAACCAUGUAAUGACUCCAUUUUAUUGUGACAACAGUUCUAUCAGACCUUGAGAGAAUUCCCGGCAUUCCUCUCCAAGUCUGCCUGCAG